UUUUAGGCACAGUAGUAUUUUGCUUAUUUUGCUCAUUGCAGUUUCAAAGAUGCCAGAAAGAGAUUCUGAGGUUUUCUCAAAUCCACUUCCUCCAGAAAAUCAUCACUAUAGUGAUGAUGAGGAUGAAGGACAUCCGCUGACCAAUGAUGACUUUAGGAAAAUGUUGAUGACCCCUCGGGGGCCAGGACCAGCAGCAAAACAACAACAACAUCAUCAACAACAUCAACAACAUCAGCAACAUUCAUCUGUUCCCAAGAAACACUCCAGUAGUAGUAGUACUAUAUUAGAAUUACCCAAAGCUGAUGAGGAUGAAGAUCCAGGCACCAGGAGAAGGAAAAAGAAAAUUUACUAUGCUAAACUUAAACGAAUGGAAGAAGAGAAACAAAAAGAGCUUGAAGAGAAGUACAGAGAUAGGGCCAGAGAAAGACGAGAUGGUCAAAACAAAGAUUAUGAAGAAACUGAAAUUGUUAGUACAACAGCUGAUUACAGAGCUGUUGCCCCAGAUGUUAAGGCGGGAGAAAACUAUGCUGAAAGAAGAAAACAAGUAAUUCAGGAAUCAAAGUAUCUUGGUGGUGAUAUGGAGCAUACCCAUUUGGUCAAAGGUCUAGAUUUUGCUUUACUAGAAAAGGUGCGUGCAGAAAUCAGCAAUAAAGAGAAAGAAGAUGAAGAAGCAAUGGAGACUGCUGUAACUCAGAAAAAAGAAGAGAAACCAGAAGAUACUGGACCAAAAAUAGAAUUCAGGACUAAAAUGGCAAGGAACAUCUACAAAACUUUAUUUCAAUCAAGACUACCCGAGAGGAAUGAGUUAUUUUUACCUAAACGUAUGGCCUAUGUUGUUGACCUUGAGGAUGAGUAUGCUGACAGUGAUGUACCAACCACCAUCAUCAGGAGUAAAGCAGACUGUCCUACUGUUGAUGCUACAACAACGUUGACCACCAACGACAUCGUCAUCAAUAAAUUAACACAGAUUUUGUCGUACCUUAGACAGGGCAGAAGGGAAAGUAAAAAACUGAAAAAGAAGGAGAAAGGUAAACUGAAAGAAGAAGAGAAAGCCAAGUUAACUGGAGGUGAUGACAAUAUCUAUAAUGACAUUGGAGAUUAUGUUCCAACUUAUAACAAAGUCCAGGAUAAGAAAGAUAGAAAGAAAGACCGUCGUGAUGACGACAGAGACAAGGGACGAGAUAGACAGAGAGAAAGGGGGGAUGAUCGUAGAGAUAGAGACAGGGACAGACAUGGUGAAAGGAGAGACAAAGGUGACAGAGAUAGACGAGACAGAGAUCGUAGAGACAGAGACCGAGAUAGGGACAGGGAAGAUAGGAGGAAGAAAACCUAUUUUGAAAAACCAGUGGAGGAGGAUGAAGAUCAGAAACAAGGCCAGUCAGCUACUCAAUUGGUUCAGUCCAUCAAUGAUAAAUUUAAGAGUUUUGCUGGUAUGGUAGAAGAAGAGAAGGAUAAAGAAAAAGGUAGCACGAAACUACAGAAGCUAAAAGGAAAGAUUGAUCAUUAUGGAUAUGAUGAAUGCUACCCUGGUGAAUGGCAGAUGCAGGAUACACUGGAUGAUUCGGACGAUGAAGUGGACUAUAGUAAAAUGGACCAAGGAAAUAAAAAAGGUCCAGUGGGUCGAUGGGACUUUGACACACAAGAAGAAUACAGUGAUUACAUGUCUAACAAGGAGGCUCUUCCUAAGGCAGCGUUUCAAUAUGGAGUUAAGAUGGCUGAUGGAAGGAAAACCCGGCGUGCAGGACCUAAAGAUGAAAAGGCCGAACUAGAUAAACAAUGGCAGAAAAUUCAAAAUAUACUAAACAAACGUAAAACAGGAGAAUCAGGUGACUCUGGUGGUAAAAAACCAAAAUACUAAAAGGUGAUAACUUUCUCAACAAGACUGCUAAAAGCAAAAACUAUGGAAAGUAAAAGAAUUUGAUGUCAGUUAGUGAAAAGAGUCAUACAAAUGUGUUUAAAUUUUUUAGUUUUUCAACUUGUAUGAUUGAAAAUUGUAAAUUUAAAAAUUAAACAUGAUAGUAAUGAUUGGGGUUGAUUAUUUGUUUGUUGUUGUAUAUUGAUGAAUGUAUAUAUUUUGUUCAGCCACAUUAAUAUUUUUCAUCAUAUAUGUAUCAUUGUAAAGGUUGGUAAUUGUAACUAAUGCUGCUUUUACAAGAGAUUAAGAAAUUAUCCUCACAUGAGGGUUAAACAUUCAGAAUAAUUAAAUCAUUUCUUGAAUUUUUAUCGAAGUUAGUUGAAGGUGUAGAAAUUAUGUGUCAGCUAUUCAAUGUUCUCUUCAUCCACCCAUACGUGUAUCAUCUGUUCUGGUAGUAAGGAAAAAAAAAAACAAGUCUAUGAUUUCAUAUAUUUCACAUGUUCAAACAGUAGAAAUAGAACAUACUUAAAUUUUCUAUAACCUGGAAUCCUGGUAAAAUAUUUUCGAUUUCACAAGGUUCACUUCAAAUAUAACACCAGGUCACCAGCACUUACAAUCAAAUCUUGAUUUGUUAAUGUUUCGUGGCCAUUUUGAUGGGUUUUUUUUAAAACUUUUCAUGUUAAUUCACGAAUUUACAUUAAUGACGCUUGGGUAUUGUGUCAUUCUAUUAUGACGUCCUUUACUAGAAACCAGAGAAACCACAAAAGGUAUUGGCAUUACUAACCUAGACACCAGAGACAAUGCAAAAGGUAAAAUCAGAUCAAAAUUUUGAUUGGAUUCAGUGCUGACCUGAUGCUAUAUUCCAACUGGAAGUCCGCUUAUGGUAUUGAGAAUAUUGUGUCAGGGACCCAGACUAACAUUUUCUUCUCACAAACUGGCAGCAGCAGUUUUCUUGCCAUCUAAGCUUUACUGUUUUAUUGGAUCUGUUUUUGUAAUUUUUGAAAGUUUGUAUAUUUUUUGCUUUUGUUUUCUCAAUCUAUCUUGUUUUCUUAUGUAACUCCAAUAUUAUUUGACCUUGACGUUGAUUAUGUGAUCUUGAAUAAUAAUCAUGAAUAAUAUAUGUAUAAAAUAAAUGUUUUCAUUACAAAAAUUAUGAAAUAGCUGCUGAAUGUAAAAUGUCCAUCCCACUUCCUUAUCUUCUGUUAUCCUGGUUCCCUGCUGAGUUAUCUUUUCUCAUUCUCUGUCCAACCUGUCUCUUCUUUUUACCUGCUUCUCUUAUCUUUUCUUGUUCUCUGAUAUUCAAAACUUUAUAUUCAUGGUCACUCCAACUUUUAAGUUCCAUGGCGAUGUCCUUCUUUCUUUUCUGCUUCCCAAGCUAGGAAUGAGUAAGGGUUGCAUGAUUGAAUUGUUAUGUUAUUGAUGAGAAUAGAUUAUUUUAUGUAAUCAUAUUUUUCAUUGGGGAGGAUUAGCUAGCCAUUUACAUUGCCUUAAAGAAAAUAUGAAAAUUUUAUGUAUUCUGUUAAAUAAACAAUUGACAAUGACUCUGACAAAACUGAUAUACAAGUCAUGUGAUCUUCCAAAAUAGGUAAAGUGAAUAAACCUAAUCUGAAAGAUUAUUUUUAAUUUUUUCUUUACUGCAAUUACAUAAUUUAUGUUCAUUAAAACAUUUUCUACAAGA